AAUGCUUCCGCAAGGGAAGAUGUCCAAAGCAGUCGACGGAAUCCAUAGCGGAGGGUGUGGAUGGGCGGCUCUUGGAAUACACUUAGAUCUAGUUUUUGUUUCAAUUUAGUGUAAAAUUGCUUUUUUUUCUCUUCCUGGAUUUAAAAAAGAAGGCAUACUAUUGUUUGACAUCAUGGCGUCUGAUCUUCUUGACCUGGAGCAGUUGGUCAAGGAUUUUGCCGAGGAUUUUCUCGACUCGGACCAGAAGAAACACGCAGAUCUGAAGACUCCAGAAAUCAACUGGGACCAUAUGAACGUUCAUUACGGGGAGACAACCUACGACAAAUCCAGAGACCGACCCAAACCUCAGGCCCAUGUGUUGUUUAGCGCCAAGUUCUCCAACAGCACGCCCAAGCCACAGACGUACGCCCUGCGCACAGAGAGGCGGACACGCUCUGUGUGUAGCAUCACUUUCCUCAGGACCUUCACCUUCGGGGCCAGUGUCCAGAUCAAACUGACCCCACCCAACCCGGUCAUAGAAGCGAACACAGGGUUCAAGUCCGAGGUGUCCAAGCAUAAAGGCACGAGUCAGACAUUCGAGCAGGAGCUGAGCUGGACGGUAGACAACUCCAUCCUCGUCCCCCCGGGCUACGAGACGAAGGCCGAACUGGUCAUCAAGGAGAACGACUACAACGGAGACUUCGAGGAACUGGUCACGUUCGAAGGACGCGUCAUGGUGACGUAUGAACACAAAAAGACACGAGAGCACAUAACCACCAUCUCAGAGAACGUCCGGAAACUUUUCGACUCCCGGCUCGGAUUUAAGAAAGACGAGCUAGGUCGGCCGACGUUUAGGGUAAAGGGUACAUGCAAGUGUCGCUUUGGUAUGGAGCAGGAUGUGAAACUAACAGAGACUCCAAUGGCCGACCCGGAACCGGAAGACGUCCCGGAUACCGUACAGUAGUGUAGAGGAGAAGGAGAGAAGCCUCCGUCUGUGAUAGAUAGAGAUGUUGCUUCCUGAUUCCCACAACGUCAUCAACAGUGGUACUGUGUCGUUCUUCGAUACAUGUGAGCAAGGGGCUUUCAUUAUAACAGUGGACAAAAUUUUCAGGAUUUCGCAAGCUGUGCCUAUUUAUGUGGUUUCUAUUGCAAUUGCAGAGUUGUGUUUGUUUCAUUAAGAAUUUGACGGCAUUUGCAAAUUGCAACUCAGUAAGGUCAUAUUAUAAGUGCUGAAGGUUAGAAGUGUUUCAAAAGAAUAAGAGACACAAAAAAGGGAGGGGAGAUAAGGACGAUGAAUUAUAUAUUUCAUUUUAGGGAAGAAGAUGGAAAACCACACCAGAGCACCCGCCAGCCAACCACCCACGGUUGGGUUAUACCAAACUUUCAAAAGACCACUGGAUAAGACAACCAAAACAAUUUUCUUUAUAUAUAUAAUUGACUCAUAGCUAUAAAUUGUUAUCUUAACAUUCGGAUUCUUAAAGUUAAAGUGAGAGUAGAAAAUGCUUUACAAAAACAAAUUCAUUCGCUAUGUCAGAGAGAAGUUUCGAUUAAAUUACAUAACAUUUUUCUUCUCAAGUGCACACAGAUACCACCGAAAACUAUGAGCCAUAUGAUGGAUAACACUGGCAGUUUUAAGACGAAAAAAAAAAGAAGCGAAAUGCCAUUUAAAAUGCAUUCCACCGAAUGGCCUUAAGUAACAAUUCAUGGUCUGUGAUACUCUGAGAAGUAAACUGUGGGUCGAGGUGUAGAGGCAGGGGAAGUCAAUGAAGCAUUUUCUGAGAGGCAGGUAAGUACAGUAGCUUUCAAACCAGCAGGGUUACUGUUAUGAAGACAGUGUGAUGACCCUAGUGCUGCCAAUGUCUAGAAGUCUAGAAUGUGAUGUGAAGACUUCACUAUAAUGCGAGCAUAAAAAAGUCCUUUUCCCCCUGAUUUACCUCAGCCGUAUUUUCGAGUUCAAGGUGCUAUAUAGUAUAAUUUCUGUUCGUUUAUACAAAACAGUUCAUUGCCUUGUGCGUGUACUUAGGAGCCUGGGCGGACUGGGUGUCUCGGAUAUUUUCUUUUCAACUGUUGCUGGGUGCACUGCUACUGCUAGAUCGCAACUUCCUUCUGUGAGUACAGAGUGCAACAAUGUAGCCCCCCCCCCCCCCUUUUACAGCCAGUUGCUAGUUAUAUUCUCUUUCUAAAGCAACGUUACUCAAGUAUCAGGACAGGUUGUGUCCAAGAUUUCGUACAAUACUGUGCAAACCUCAGCGAAGUAUGCACUAUGAUUAGACCUCCUAUUAAUGCAGCAAAAGUAGACAACAAAGAGCCGUGUCUGAUAGCAAUAGCAUCCUUACACUUGUACAAAUACAUAUAUUGAGUCCCGCAACAGGAUAUUUUCCAGUUACCAGUCUGGUACAUGUCUGUUUUGGUAAGCGCUUUACGGUACUUGCAAUACAAUUAGGUCAUAUAUAAGUACCGAAGAUCAGAGGUGUUACUAGAACGUAACAAACACAUAAAAAGUAGGAGGAAAGAUAAGAACGAUUGAUGCUUGAAAGCAAACCACACCAGAACACCAGCCAACCACCCAUUGGUAAAUGUCUAAUCUCUUGUUCUGUUGUAUGAGCCAUCAAAUUACAUCGAUGCUGAAGUCUAAAGUGUCAACAUAAUUGCCAUACGAGUGCAUUAUAUGUAUUUUGAAAAGACAAGAGCUAGUAGAUCCUAUCUUAUUCUUUGAAUAAUGUAUUUCAUCUUGAAACCACGCACAUGUAUAAUAUAAGCUUACCGCUUAAAACCUGAGAUCUUUCCUUGUGUUAUCAGAAACUUGUGAAGAAUCAAACUGUGCUUUAUGACUUUUUGUCACUUCAACCCAGUGGGUGAAUAAUGACAUUCACAAAAAUACAAGCCAUCAACACAGUUUUAUGAUUGAAAGAGAGAUAAGAAAGAGUUACAGGGCUCCAGGAAGGGGUGGCAAACGUACAAAAAGGCAAAGGACGUCUCAAUCUUACCAUUUUAGUAAAGGCUAUGAUAACUCUUGGAUUUUUCCCAGACCUUUAUGCUCUUAGUGAGGGCGUCUGAGGUCCAUCCAGAGUCUAAUAAUUUCCUCAGCCAUGUUAUCACUUACUCGAUUGUUUGGAGUAGCCAACAAUAUACAUGUGUGCCCGAGCUUUUACUUAGCGUCUGCAACACAGGGUAUCUUAAAAGGGGACACCAAUGAAAGACCAUCCAUUUUCAGAGACAACUACCACAGUCUAGGGCUUCCAGGUUGUUAAAAGUCGUGUCAUGAAUAAGAUUUUUUCUUUACAUUGUAUUAAAAGAUAUUAUGCAUGUUGUAAUAAAAAGAAUGUUUUGAGUACUCGAGGCAGAAGAGACUGUGAACGAACAAGAGAAUGAAAGUUUCAGGAGUAGAUCUGUAUUGUCCAUCUGUGUUUUAAAGACAGUGGUUGUGCAACUAAGAACUUGAUUGUUUCUUGGGUUAAUCCCUGCGUCCUGUGUUCUAUGAGUUACAGUUUUGAGCAUUCCUCAAAAUGUAUUUGAUUCUAGAGAAAAUCACUUUUUCAUGUAGUCAUUGACAUUAUACGCAGUUGGGUUCCUUAAAUCUGUGUCAGUGCUUCAGGAAAAAGCACCAGUGAAUCAUUCGAAGGUGUCUCAAUUGAAAUAGACAAAUAAUGUAAUGACAUAUUAGUUUAAUAUAAGACUGAUCCGAAAGGCAGAAUAAUUGUGAAACUACACCAAGCUGAGGAUGAAUAUUCCUAGGAUGAUAAGAACAAAUGUGGAAAAACUCAGAUCCAGAUUUUGAUCUUCAAAUUUCUACUAAAGUUUGUGUCGAAGCACUCACAGGGUGAGGCCUAGAUUCAGAUUUGUGUUUAGGCAAAAAUUUAGUCAGCCCUUCAGUUGACAUUUUGCAAAAUCAUGAAGAGAGAGAAAACGAGAAUUGACAUACAUGUCCAUUGUUUGUACGUAUUUACCUAUAUACCGAUACCACAUUGAUUGGAAAUUCAAAACAUGUGAUUGCAUUGGUGGUUGUCUUCAUAAAUCAUGUUGCUUAAGUUUUUAUGCAGUAAACUUCCCUGCAAUGUAGGUCUACAUGAUAUUCAAUUCCACUUGUUUCACGUUCUAAUUAUGAUGCUUUUGCUAA